AGACACAUGAGAACACACACUGGUGAAAAACCUUUUUCCUGUUCAACCUGUGGUAAAGUUUUUACACAAAGUCAACAUUUGAAAGUACACACUAGAACACACACUGGUGAAAAACCUUUCAUCUGUUCAAUCUGUGGUAAAGGUUUUACAGAAAGUCGGAAUUUGAAAGUACACACUGGGGAAAAACCUUUUUCAUGUUCAAUCUGUAGUAAAGGUUUUGCAGAAAGUCGAUAUUUGAAAGAACAUAUGAGAACACACACUGGUGAAAAACCUUUUAUUUGUUCAAUCUGUCGCUUAUCUUUCGCAAGGAAGGGAUAUUUGAAAGUGCACAGGAGAACACACACUGGUGAAAAACCUUUUUCCUGUUCAAUCUGUGGUAAAGGUUUUACACAAAGUCUGAGUUUGAAAAGACACAUGAGAACACACACUGGUGAAAAAUCUUUUCCCUGUUCAAUCCGUGGUAAAGGUUUUACACAUAGUACAGAUGUGAAAGUACACAUGAAAACACACACUGGUGAAAAAUCACAUUCCUGUUCAAUCUGCAACAGAAGCUUUAGUCGACAAUCAACCCUUGUAAGACACAUGAGAACACACACUGGUGAAAAACCUUUUUCCUGUUCAACCUGUGGUAAAGUUUUUACACAAAGUCAACAUUUGAAAGUACACACUAGAACACACACUGGUGAAAAACCUUUCAUCUGUUCAAUCUGUGGUAAAGGUUUUACAGAAAGUCGGAAUUUGAAAGUACACACGAGAACACACACUGGGGAAAAACCUUUUUCAUGUUCAAUCUGUAGUAAAGGUUUUGCAGAAAGUCGAUAUUUGAAAGAACAUAUGAGAACACACACUGGUGAAAAACCUUUUAUUUGUUCAAUCUGUCGCUUAUCUUUCGCAAGGAAGGGAUAUUUGAAAGUGCACAGGAGAACACACACUGGUGAAAAACCUUUUUCCUGUUCAAUCUGUGGUAAAGGUUUUACACAAAGUCUGAGUUUGAAAAGACACAUGAGAACACACACUGGUGAAAAAUCUUUUUCCUGUUCAAUCCGUGGUAAAGGUUUUACACAUAGUACAGAUGUGAAAGUACACAUGAAAACACACACUGGUGAAAAAUCACAUUCCUGUUCAAUCUGCAACAGAAGCUUUAGUCGACAAUCAACCCUUGUAAGACACAUGAGAACACACACUGGUGAAAAACCUUUUUCCUGUUCAACCUGUGGUAAAGUUUUUACACAAAGUCAACAUUUGAAAGUACACACUAGAACACACACUGGUGAAAAACCUUUCAUCUGUUCAAUCUGUGGUAAAGGUUUUACAGAAAGUCGGAAUUUGAAAGUACACACGAGAACACACACUGGGGAAAAACCUUUUUCAUGUUCAAUCUGUAGUAAAGGUUUUGCAGAAAGUCGAUAUUUGAAAGAACAUAUGAGAACACACACUGGUGAAAAACCUUUUAUUUGUUCAAUCUGUCGCUUAUCUUUCGCAAGGAAGGGAUAUUUGAAAGUGCACAGGAGAACACACACUGGUGAAAAACCUUUUUCCUGUUCAAUCUGUGGUAAAGGUUUUACACAAAGUCUGAGUUUGAAAAGACACAUGAGAACACACACUGGUGAAAAAUCUUUUUCCUGUUCAAUCCGUGGUAAAGGUUUUACACAUAGUACAGAUGUGAAAGUACACAUGAAAACACACACUGGUGAAAAAUCACAUUCCUGUUCAAUCUGCAACAGAAGCUUUAGUCGACAAUCAACCCUUGUAAGACACAUGAGAACACACACUGGUGAAAAACCUUUUUCCUGUUCAACCUGUGGUAAAGUUUUUACACAAAGUCAACAUUUGAAAGUACACACUAGAACACACACUGGUGAAAAACCUUUCAUCUGUUCAAUCUGUGGUAAAGGUUUUACAGAAAGUCGGAAUUUGAAAGUACACACGAGAACACACACUGGGGAAAAACCUUUUUCAUGUUCAAUCUGUAGUAAAGGUUUUGCAGAAAGUCGAUAUUUGAAAGAACAUAUGAGAACACACACUGGUGAAAAACCUUUUAUUUGUUCAAUCUGUCGCUUAUCUUUCGCAAGGAAGGGAUAUUUGAAAGUGCACAGGAGAACACACACUGGUGAAAAACCUUUUUCCUGUUCAAUCUGUGGUAAAGGUUUUACACAAAGUCUGAGUUUGAAAAAACACAUGAGAACACACACUGGUGAAAAAUCUUUUUCCUGUUCAAUCCGUGGUAAAGGUUUUACACAUAGUACAGAUGUGAAAGUACACAUGAAAACACACACUGGUGAAAAAUCACAUUCCUGUUCAAUCUGCAACAGAAGCUUUAGUCGACAAUCAACCCUUGUAAGACACAUGAGAACACACACUGGUGAAAAACCUUUUUCCUGUUCAACCUGUGGUAAAGUUUUUACACAAAGUCAACAUUUGAAAGUACACACUAGAACACACACUGGUGAAAAACCUUUCAUCUGUUCAAUCUGUGGUAAAGGUUUUACAGAAAGUCGGAAUUUGAAAGUACACACGAGAACACACACUGGGGAAAAACCUUUUUCAUGUUCAAUCUGUAGUAAAGGUUUUGCAGAAAGUCGAUAUUUGAAAGAACAUAUGAGAACACACACUGGUGAAAAACCUUUUAUUUGUUCAAUCUGUCGCUUAUCUUUCGCAAGGAAGGGAUAUUUGAAAGUGCACAGGAGAACACACACUGGUGAAAAACCUUUUUCCUGUUCAAUCUGUGGUAAAGGUUUUACACAAAGUCUGAGUUUGAAAAGACACAUGAGAACACACACUGGUGAAAAAUCUUUUUCCUGUUCAAUCCGUGGUAAAGGUUUUACACAUAGUACAGAUGUGAAAGUACACAUGAAAACACACACUGGUGAAAAAUCACAUUCCUGUUCAAUCUGCAACAGAAGCUUUAGUCGACAAUCAACCCUUGUAAGACACAUGAGAACACACACUGGUGAAAAACCUUUUUCCUGUUCAACCUGUGGUAAAGUUUUUACACAAAGUCAACAUUUGAAAGUACACACUAGAACACACACUGGUGAAAAACCUUUCAUCUGUUCAAUCUGUGGUAAAGGUUUUACAGAAAGUCGGAAUUUGAAAGUACACACGAGAACACACACUGGGGAAAAACCUUUUUCAUGUUCAAUCUGUAGUAAAGGUUUUGCAGAAAGUCGAUAUUUGAAAGAACAUAUGAGAACACACACUGGUGAAAAACCUUUUAUUUGUUCAAUCUGUCGCUUAUCUUUCGCAAGGAAGGGAUAUUUGAAAGUGCACAGGAGAACACACACUGGUGAAAAACCUUUUUCCUGUUCAAUCUGUGGUAAAGGUUUUACACAAAGUCUGAGUUUGAAAAAACACAUGAGAACACACACUGGUGAAAAAUCUUUUUCCUGUUCAAUCCGUGGUAAAGGUUUUACACAUAGUACAGAUGUGAAAGUACACAUGAAAACACACACUGGUGAAAAAUCACAUUCCUGUUCAAUCUGCAACAGAAGCUUUAGUCGACAAUCAACCCUUGUAAGACACAUGAGAACACACACUGGUGAAAAACCUUUUUCCUGUUCAACCUGUGGUAAAGUUUUUACACAAAGUCAACAUUUGAAAGUACACACUAGAACACACACUGGUGAAAAACCUUUCAUCUGUUCAAUCUGUGGUAAAGGUUUUACAGAAAGUCGGAAUUUGAAAGUACACACGAGAACACACACUGGGGAAAAACCUUUUUCAUGUUCAAUCUGUAGUAAAGGUUUUGCAGAAAGUCGAUAUUUGAAAGAACAUAUGAGAACACACACUGGUGAAAAACCUUUUAUUUGUUCAAUCUGUUGCUUAUCUUUCGCAAGGAAGGGAUAUUUGAAAGUGCACAGGAGAACACACACUGGUGAAAAACCUUUUUCCUGUUCAAUCUGUGGUAAAGGUUUUACACAAAGUCUGAGUUUGAAAAGACACAUGAGAACACACACUGGUGAAAAAUCAUUUUCCUGUUCAAUCCGUGGUAAAGGUUUUACACAUAGUACAGAUGUGAAAGUACACAUGAAAACACACACUGGUGAAAAAUCACAUUCCUGUUCAAUCUGCAACAGAAGCUUUAGUCGACAAUCAACCCUUGUAAGACACAUGAGAACACACACUGGUGAAAAACCUUUUUCCUGUUCAACCUGUGGUAAAGUUUUUACACAAAGUCAACAUUUGAAAGUACACACUAGAACACACACUGGUGAAAAACCUUUCAUCUGUUCAAUCUGUGGUAAAGGUUUUACAGAAAGUCGGAAUUUGAAAGUACACACGAGAACACACACUGGGGAAAAACCUUUUUCAUGUUCAAUCUGUAGUAAAGGUUUUGCAGAAAGUCGAUAUUUGAAAGAACAUAUGAGAACACACACUGGUGAAAAACCUUUUAUUUGUUCAAUCUGUCGCUUAUCUUUCGCAAGGAAGGGAUAUUUGAAAGUGCACAGGAGAACACACACUGGUGAAAAACCUUUUUCCUGUUCAAUCUGUGGUAAAGGUUUUACACAAAGUCUGAGUUUGAAAAGACACAUGAGAACACACACUGGUGAAAAACCUUUUUCCUGUUCAAUCUGCAACAGAAGCUUUUGUGAAGGAUCAAACCUUUUAGUACACAUGAGAAGACACCCAGGAGAGAAAGUGUUGAGUUGCAGUGUGUGUGGUGAAAGAUUGUCUUCUAAGUACCAGUGUAAGAAACACAAGUGUGCUGGUGAGAACAGCAGCAGCAAAUGAAACUGCAGGAUUUGAAAUAAACUGUCCAGACUUUCA